CUCAGCCACAGCUACCUUCCAACCCCAACAACAAUAACGUUAACAUCUCUUCUUCUUCUUCUUCUUCUUCUUCUUCUGGUAUUCUUCUUAUUCUUUAUUUUGAUUGAUCUGUAUGCAGAGAGAUUAAUAUUAAUUUUUAUUCUUCUUCUUUAUUAUUAUAGCCAUUUUAGGAGCUUUUACUCCCUCUACAGUUCUUCCCUUCUGUCCUCCCUCGCUCUAAAUUUUCUAGUUUUGUUCUUUCCUUCUCUCUCAGACUGAGCACUGCCACAGAAUUACCCAUAGUACUGUCAGAUCUGGGCUUUGCUUUUUUUGGCUUCAAUUUUGAUCAAUCGGAUCUGGUGCACAAGAGGGAACUUUGAAUUGCACUCUGUGAUUCACACUGCUAGUAUAUAUCACUGCUUCUUACAAUGAAGAAGGUCUUUGAUCAAACUGUAAGGGACAUUAAAAGAGAGGUCAAUAAGAAGGUGCUUAAAGUUCCUGGAAUAGAGCAGAAGAUACUUGAUGCAACUAGCAAUGAGCCCUGGGGUCCUCAUGGAACUCUCCUUGCAGAUAUUGCACAGGCCACUAGAAACUAUCAUGAAUACCAGAUGAUCAUGGCGGUAAUCUGGAAACGGAUAAAUGAUACUGGCAAGAACUGGCGGCAUGUCUACAAGGCUUUGACUGUAUUGGAAUACCUUGUUGGUCAUGGAUCAGAGCGUGUAAUAGAUGAGAUAAGGGAACAUGCAUAUCAAAUAUCGACAUUGGCAGAUUUCCAAUAUAUUGAUUCUAGUGGAAGUGACCAGGGUAGCAAUGUCAGAAAGAAAUCUCAAAGUCUUGUGGUCCUGGUUAAUGAUAAAGAAAGGAUAAUCGAAGUUAGACAAAAGGCUGCUGCUAAUCGGGACAAGUUCCGCAACACAUCAGUUGGUGGAAUGUAUAGACCCAGUUCCUAUUCAAGUACUGGAGGAUAUGGUGACAAAUAUGAUGAUGACCGUUAUGAAGGCCGCUAUGGAAGUAGGGAUGAAGAUCGAAAUGGAUAUGGCUAUGGGAGAGAAAGAGAAUACAACUACAGGGAUGAUGAUAGAUAUGGUAGAUAUGGGGACUCGUAUAGUCGUGAUGGAGAUCGGUAUGGCAGAGAUUAUGAAGAACGCUACAGCAGAGAUGGAUACAGGGAUGAUGACUACAGGGGAAGAAGUCGAAGCAUUGAUGAUUAUGGCUCAAGAAGCAGGAGUUCUGAUAGAGACCGUGGUUUUCAUGAUGAUGUUCAACCCUCAUCUCGUGAUAGUGCCAGAGUUGAUGAUCAAUCCCAGGAUGGAAGGCGGCAUGAGCGAAAAUUUUCUGAACAAAAUAUUGCUCCUCCUUGUUACGAAGAAGAUUUAAGUGAAUCACGAAGCCCUGCUCACGGUGAAAGGAAUGGAGAAAUUUCUGCUGCAUCUGCUCCUGGAGUUUCUUCUCCAGCAGCACCAAGAGCUUCCUCUCCACCUGCACCCAAAGCUGCUUCUCCAUCUGCAAGCAAUAAUCCAAGUCAAGCAACUAAUGUUUCUACUACAGCUGUAACUCCUGCAGGCCAGGAAGUUGAGGUGGCUGAUGAAUUUGAUCCACGUGGACCUGGUUCAGAUGGCCUCAUUCCCUCAGCUGCUCCUGCUGUUGCCACUACCUCGAACAAUGCUGAAAUGGAUUUACUUGGCUCUCUGUCAGAUUCGUUUGCUGCAAAUCCAUUGGCCAUUAUGCCAGUGGCCUCUGCAACUACAUCCUCUGAAGCUGAUGCCCAAGCAAACUUUUCAGUACCCGCAUUUGCUGCAACACAGCCAGCAUCUAAUGUUAUGAAUCAGCCUUUUGAAGAUCCAUUUGGUGACAAUCCGUUCAAGGCUAUCCCAGCUUCUAGUGAUAAUGACACUAUCUCAGCUCAACAGCAGACUUCUGCCUCUGCAGCCACUUUUCAGCCUACUGUGAAUCAGAAUGCUGAAAUGCCCCCAACAGUGCCACGAGACACAGUGAAUAAAUUCGACUUUGGAGAUGCAUUCUCUGGCAUGACUCACUCAGCAGUCAAUGUUCAACCAGCCUCAAUGAACUCACAGUUUAUGCCUCAGGAACCAACUUCACACCAGGAAACUGAUAUUCUGGCAGACAUCCUCCCACCGUCUGGUCCUUCACCUACUGUAACUACACAGACAGGUUUCUCAGCUUUGGCUGGUCAACCUGGAGAGCCAACUGCUAGUAUUUAUGGAAGCUGCAAUUCACAGGCAGGAUCUGUGGCACCCAUAGCUCCAAACGUAGCUCUAAACAUGAGUCCUCACCCUGCACAAUUCAACAGUGGUAACUUCCUCACGCAUGGAGGAUCUACUGCUCCUUUCCCUUCAAACAUGGCUCCACAAACGCCAGCUGGACCAGGGACACAAUUUAACAAUGGAAAUUUACUUCCACAGCAAAUUUCUGUGGCCUCAGUUGGCUCACCCAGUUCUCACCAUCUUGCAAGUGGACCAACUCCACAGUAUAACAAUGGAAACUUUCUCCCACAAGGUUCUGCUGCCCAAGUUGCUCACCAUACUUCAAGUGGGCCACCUUUACAGUUCAACAACGCAAACUUUCUCCCACAACAGGGCUCUGCUUCCCCAGCUGUCUCACAAGCUGCUCACUAUGCAACAGGAGCAACUCCACAGUUUAACGAUGGUAACUUUCUCCCACAGCAGGGUUCUACUGCCCCAGUUGGCUUACAAGUUGCACACCAAACUGCAACAGGAGCAACACCACAAUUUAACAAUGGAAACCUUAUGCCUCAACAAGGGUCUGCUGCCCCAGUUGUUUCACAAGUUGGCUAUCAAGCUCCAGCCGUACCUGCUGCUCAACAUAAUAGUGACUUAUUUUCACAAGGGUCAAACACUCCCAUGGCUUCUCAGACGGCUCCUCCAUCUUCAACAGGAUCGCUUGCAAUAGUUCCACAAUCAUCCAAGGACAAAUUUGAGACGAAGUCAGCAGUUUGGGCAGAUACACUGAACAGAGGGCUAGUCAACUUGAAUAUCUCUGGACCUAAAAUCAAUCCAUUGGCUGACAUUGGAAUUGAUUUUGAUGCCAUUAAUCGCAAGGAAAAGAGAAUGGAAAAACCAACAACAGCUGCGGUAACAUCUACUGUCACAAUGGGUAAAGCUAUGGGAUCUGGUUCUGGAAUGGGCCGAGCAGGUGCAAGUGCUCUUAGGGCUCCUCCAAAUAGCAUGAUGAGUCCUGGCAUGGGAAUGGGUGCAGGCAUGAAUAUGGGCAUGGGAAUGGGAAUGGGUGGAGUUCCAGGCAUGGGCGGUUAUGGUCAACCCAUGGGAAUGGGGAUGGGGAUGGGGAUGGGGAUGGGCACGAACAUGAACCAACCCAUGGUAAUGGGGAUGGGGCAAGGCGGCCGUAUGCAAUCUCCUGGAUCAGCCAUGCCUGGUGGUUAUAAUCCCAUGAUGGGCACAGGUGGUUAUACUCAACAGCCAUAUGGUGGAGGAUAUAGAUGAGAUUUAUAGCUGCUUUGUUAUAUUGAAGUGUAAUGAAUACCAGCCAUCUUCUUGAGGAAAAAGAGAUGGCAUAUCACCCAAUGUUACAAUUGAAAAAGCAUAGUAGUCUUCUAUACAGGAUGUAUUUGGGUCAUAGUUUGUAAACUUUUGAGAUGUUGAUGUGUAUUCAUCCACUUUUGGUUGCAAUAUCAUUCAUUUUGGGUGGGAAGAGUCAGUUUAGGGGCAUUGCUGAUUUCAGCUGUUGUGAAUUUGUAAUGUGCUGAGGUUACUCUCAAUUUUCACUUAAUGAUUUUUUUCCUUGUAGCUUGUCAGAUUUUUGUUGUGCUUGCCUACUCAAAAACAAUAAAUCUGGAAAUUCAUUUGUCUGAUA